CCGUGGGAUCGCUCUAAUUGGCGGCCGUCAAAAAGAAAGGAAGUAUUUAGUUCACUUCGAGGUUUCAUUGGCAGAGAAAGUUGAAGAUCAUUCAGUGCAGUGUUUAUCCUCAAGUAGCUGUCCAUCUUUGUACUUGCAUAGAAAACUCACAACUCUUUGACAAUGUCUUUUAACAAAGGCCCUUCCUUCGGAUUAUCAGCGGAAAUCAAAAACAAGAUCGCACAGAAGUAUGAUGCUCAGAAAGAGGAGGAGCUGAGGGUCUGGAUCGAAGACCAGACGGGCGCCACCAUCGGCCACGACUUCCAGAAAGGCCUGAAGAGUGGAGUCAUUUUGUGCACCCUUAUCAACAAGCUGGCCCCAGGCUCUGUGAAAAAGAUCAACCAAUCAGCGCUGAACUGGCACCAGCUGGAGAACCUGACGAACUUCAUCAAAUCCACCACAAAUUUUGGCCUGAAGCCUCACGAUCUCUUCGAGGCCAAUGACCUGUUUGAGAACGGCAACAUGACGCAGGUGCAGACAACGCUGCUCGCACUCGCUAGCAUGGUGAGUCCUCUGACAGUAGUGGUGGGAGUGACCUCUUCCUUUCAUCUGUCAUGGAAAGCUGAAUUAUUAUUAUUAUUAUUAUUAUUAUUAUUACUAUUAUUACUGUUAUUACUACAACCAUCUACACGUUGCUUCUUUCAGGCAAAGACCCGGGGCUGCCAGUCACGAGUGGACAUCGGGGUGAAGUACGCUGACAAGCAGGAGAGGCUGUUUGACGAAGAGAAGAUGAAGGCUGGGCAGUGCGUCAUCGGCCUACAGAUGGGGACCAACAAGUGCGCCAGUCAGGCGGGUAUGAACGCAUACGGCACCAGGAGGCACUUGUAUGACCCCAAAGUUCAAAUCCAGCCCCCCAUGGACAACACCACCAUCAGCCUGCAGAUGGGAACCAACAAGGGGGCGAGCCAGGCUGGGAUGACGGCUCCAGGGACAAGACGUGCCAUCUACGACCAGAAGCUGGGCACAGACAAGUGUGACAACAGCACCAUGUCUCUACAGAUGGGCUACAGCCAGGGAGCCAACCAGAGCGGCCAGAACUUUGGCCUGGGUCGGCAGAUCUAUGACGCCAAGUACUGUCCCAAAGCCGGAGAGGUUGCAGAGGAUCAGAACGGGGCCGCCGUCGCCCGUGACUAUGUCCCGGAGUUGCAAGACGAGGGUUACCAAGGUUACCACGAAGAAGAGCAGGUGUACCAAGAAGAUGGGACGGACUACUAGAAGGAAGGAGCUGAGGAAGGGAAAGAUGUCCGUCUAAAGGAGGCAUGUUCUGCAGAAAGGAACCCUCAAGGCUCACAGGAUAUUGCACUGGUUCUUUUGGUCAUAUCCUUUUUAUUAGUAUGAAAUUGUUUUCUUGCCCCUGAAACCAUGUAACGCAUAUCAUGAUGAACUGUGUUUUUGUAUUUAAAGUGACCACAAAAGCCAAUAUUUUUGGCUUAGCUAGUUUUCUAUCCCAGGGAUUGUUAAUAUUGUGCCAAAGCCAACUGUUCUCUUUUUCCCUGUUUGUUUUAUUUGUGCUGACUCAUUGGUUACAUUAAGGGAGAUUCCUAGCUUUUUGUAAGAGCAACAGAAACUAAAAGUGACACAUUGGGGAGUUUUUAAAGUGUUUUUUUUGAGAACGUGCAUCCUGUUUUGAUCAAAACACUCAUGCUUCUGUUUUAUCUGUAUGAAGAUAAUUCCUGUGAACGUGUUUGUUACUUCAGUAUCUUCUUCAUCCCCUCAGUAUUCAUCGACGAACAGUAGUGAGCACUUUUGGUUGUUCAGACAGAUGUGGGAACAAUAUAUAUACAUUUUGUCUUUACUAGUUUUGUCUUUUCUCUCACUCAUUUCUUUUUUAACAGAGGAAAUACUUCCUUUGUUUGCAUAACCAGUCCAACUGAAGCUGUUUUCUUUGGACUAAAGAAGGUGGGGGAGGGGAUACAAUAACAAGUGAAGUUUUGAACAUUCCAAGCAAGAAUACUGGAUUCUUUUUGUCAGUGAAUAAGUCUUAGAUAUUGGUUGAUAUGCAAACCAAUCACACACUUAUAUGUGAUCAUUUUAGAUGAUUAUUUAUGCAUAUUUUGGGAUUUGAAUGGGGGUUGUUUUUAGUUGUUUUUUUACCUUGACUCUGAAUAACCUUUGGUUUUGGACUAUUGUUUUUCUUCUGGAAUAAUCCAGCCAGUGGAAAAAUAAAUGUUUGAAUUGAGAAUUGGUUGUUUUUGUGAAUACGGUGUAAUAAAGUUGUGUAGUCAUUA